CAGGCUGCCGAUCCAGCCGGGAGGGAGCUGGGGCUGGGAGCAUCCUCGCUCCCUCUCUGCCAUUCUGCCGGCACCAGCUCCUCCCUCCUGCAUCUCAGGCAGCGCAGGGUGAGUCCAACAGCCUCUCCUACGAUGUGUCUGCCCGAUCUACUACAGCCUGAACACAGCCCGUACUCUGCCUUCCCUCCAGCCGAGCUCGUGAGUGAGACACGGUGCCUGCCAUCCGUCAGGGGGGAAUGGCAUAUGGAGACCUGAGCAGCCUUAACUCACCAUCUUCCACCACGGGAACGAUUUUGAAGAAUUCCAUGUUUUUUCAGCACCUUUGCUACUUCAUUGUUGCCUGGCUUUUUGAGAGCAUGAGUUCUGAUCAUUAGGGGUGCUGCCACCUGAAUAUUUCUUCAUCAGAUGCCACAAAGAGAGUCUAGGAAAACAAAGAAACUUGUGAUGUGGAGCUGACAGUUUUGGUUUCAGCUGGUGAAAACUUGCAGAAUCAGUGAGAAGGCAAAGAAAAAAAUGCCCAGGACAAUGUCAGUAACUCCUGGUAAUUUCUCACUCAAUGGGACAAGCUUCUUCACUGAGAACCACAGCAUUAUGGACAAACCCAGUGAGCCGAGAACUUGGAAUGUCUUUCUGUUCUGUUUGACUUUUGCCAUUGCAGUCCCAGCCCUUCUGGGCAGCAUUUAUUCACUAGUUUCCCUGCUGAAACUGCAGAACAAAACCACGGUUUCGAUGAUUGUGACCUCUUUGGCAGCAGAUGAUCUGAUCAGCAUCACGCCAGUGAUUAUUUUCAUGCUCACACAGUGGUCAAGCGAAGUCCUCCCCCAGCCUCUGUGUACCACCUCAGCGUUUAUGUAUUUAUUCCAGGGCAUUUCUAGCAACCUGAAAGGGUCUCUUAUAGUUUCUUACAACUUCUGCACCCUCAACACGACUGGGACACUGAGCUGCAGCUCCUCCAAGAGCCGCAUGAGCGUGGUAUGGGUCAUUCUCACCAUCUGGACUGUCAGUUUGCUGAUGUGCAUUUUGCCUCUCUGUGGUUGGGGCAGGUACAUCCCCACGUCCUGGGGCUGCUUCGCCGACUGUGCCAGUUCCUACAUCCUGUUUGUGUUCGUUGUGUACUCGCUGUGCUUCUCCCUGCUGGCAGUGCUGGCCGUUCCCCUCACUCUGCAGCUGCUGUGCUCAGGUGAGCCACAGCUGCUACACACCGAGUACCUGCAGGGCUCUGGAGGCUUCAUCUCCCCUGGGACACCACGGAGAUGCGGUGCUGCUGCCCCUGCGCUGUCGCUGCUGGACCCUGGGGAUAAAACCCUCCAGCCUUUCCAAAACUCGGAGGCAGUUUUUGGGAAGGGUGUGGCUGAGAGCAGCACAAAGAGCAGGAGCUUCAUCGUGGGCUUUGCCCAGAAACGAUUCUCGCUGAUCCUGGCACUGACCAAAGUCCUUCUCUGGCUCCCAAUGAUGAUACAGAUGGCUGUCCAGUAUGUCACUGGGCUGCAGAGCCUUUCAUUUGAGACACUGAGCUUCCUGCUGACUGCGCUGGCUGCCACAGUCACCCCGGUGUUUCUCCUGUCACAGCACUGGCUCCACCUGCCCUGUGGCUGCAUCAUCAAUUGCAGGAGGAACUCCUAUGCAGUGUCUUCAGAAGAUGCCAAAACCAAGCGCAGUGGUUUCGAGUUCAACCUAUCAUUCCAGCAAGGCUAUGGAAUCUACAGGAUAUCCCAGGAGAACCCUCCCCGCCACAGUGGCGAUGGUAAAUCCACAUCCUACCACAACCUGGUGAGCUCUGACUGCAAGGAGCUGGGGCCUGGCAGAGGCAGCGACGCCGUCGGCUCCGUGUUCCUGCCCACGGCAUUGGGACACGGCUCCUGGGGCACCCCGGGGGGGAGUGGGACAGGCCCCACAUGCCCCCCUCCUCAUGGGCCAGGGGCCUGUCAGGGCCAGGAGGGCACAAACUGUGACCCAUCAGCGUUCCCUGAAGGACCAGAGUGGAGGCUGUCCCACGAGGAAAGCCACAAACCAGAACUCUCGGACUGGGAGUGGUGCCGGAGUAAAUCCGAGAGGACCCCUCGGCAGCGCGCGGGCGGGGCCCUGGCCGUCCCUCUGUGCGCAUUCCAGGGGACUGUGUCUCUCCAGGCCCCCACCGGCAAAACACUCUCCCUGUCCACAUACGAGGUGAGCUCUGAGGGGCAGAAAAUAACCCCCAUGUCCAAGAAAAUCGAGGUGUAUCGCUCCAAAAGCGUCGGGCAUGAGCCGAGCCCAGGGGAGCCUGCGGACACGUUUGCUGACACGAGUGUUAAGAUUCACUUGGAGGUGCUGGAGAUCUGUGACAACGAAGAGGCCCUGGACACCGUGUCCAUCAUCAGCAACAUCAGCCAGUCCUCCACGCAGGCGCGGUCACCCUCCCUGCGCUACUCCCGCAAGGAGAACAGGUUUGUGUCUUGUGAGCUGGGGGAAAGUGCCUCCUACUCCCUGCUCAUCCCCUCGCACAGCCCCGGCAGCGACUUCAGCAUCUCCAUCCCAGACACUGUCGAGGCUCAUCGGCAGAACAGCCAAAAGCAGCACUCAGCCAGGGGAGGGUACCAGGAGGAGAUACAGCUGCUGAACAAAGCCUACAGAGAGCGGGAGGAGCAGGGGAGCAGCAACUGAAGGGUGUUUAAUCUACACACCUCAACUGCUCUGACAGACAGUGCUCCCCUUGGCUCAAGUUACCCAAGCAAAUACAGUAUCAGCUGUUUUUCUCCUAGCAUACAAAUUUUAUUUGGGUGCACUGUUGAAUAGAUUCAAACUGUUAAGGCUAUAUCAAGGGGAUAACAAAUACUCAAGUGCUUUAUAGCUUUCCAUAGUGAAUUUUAAGUUACUUAUUUAUAUAUCUAUUUAUUUGAGGAAAAUGUGUGUCUAAAGGGAAUCCUAAAUAAAGUCUUAAACCCCA